AUGGGGCAGAAAACAUCCCAGCAGUUGACUCUGAAGGACAGCCAAGAGGUUCUCAGCAUCCCUGACUUGUUCAGUGGAGCUAUAGUUUAUGCAGCUCAGAAGCUGGAGGAGUAUCUUGGAUUUGAAGAUCGUGUAAGUAAAUUCUGCCCUGCUCCAAACACUCUGAAUGAAAUAUUCUUAAUCCACUUCAUCACUUUCUGCCAAGAAAAGGGAGUUGACAAAUGGCUUACCACUACCCAGAUGACGAAGCACCAAGCUUUAUUGUUUGGGGCAGACUGGAUUUGGACCUUCUGGGGUGCCGACAAACAAAUAAAGUUUCAGCUGGCAGUACAGACUCUGCAGAUGUCUUCUCCUGUGGAACCUAAACCUUGUGACACCUCCAAUCCGAAACUGAGAGUAGAGGAGUCUUCCAGGAAAAAGAGUAGAUUUGAUAAACUGGAAGAAUUCUGUAACUUGAUAGGGGAGGAUUGUCUGGGCCUCUUCAUCAUCUUCGGUGUGCCAGGGAAACCUAAAGAUAUCAGAGGAGUUGUCCUGGACAGUGUCAAAAGUGAGACGGUGAGGAGCCAUCUGCCAGGAGAGAAGGCUGUGGCACAAUUUGUCCUGGAAACUGAACGUUGUGUCUCCAUCAGAGAGCUGCUUGGACACUGUCUGAGUAAGAAAGAUGGUCUGAGAGAGGUGGGCAAGGUUUAUAUUAACAUCCUCUGA